UGGAACCCAGUGACAUUAUUACCUCUCAAUUAAAUUUAAUGGACUCUUUCUCCUAUAAACCUUUUCUUUAAGCCCAUGUCUACUUUAUAUUCAAGAUACUAUUUAAAUCAGCGACUACAGGGUAUAAGUGCAAUCGAUAACUCCACAUCGAACCCUUGUCUUUUCUAGUUAUUCCCUCAACGGUCACACUGCCAACCCCCCGCACCCACCCACUCAUCCAACGUGUUUGUGUGCAGAAUUUCCACGGCUAAAUUAAACCGAUUGAAAAUUGGCAAUCCACCGUGCCAAAUUCAACCUUUGAUUGCCCAAUUCUGCAGCAGCAGGAACUAGCCGAAGGAGCCACUGCAGCGGGACCAGGAUCAGAAGAUCAGAAACACCAGGAUCAUCUAGGGAAAAGUCUUCCUCCUCUUCUUUUUUGCUGCCGAAGCGUCGCGUGUGCGGAUCUUUCAGCGGUGAAUAACCCACGGCUUUUCGUUUUUGGCCAGCGGAGGAGCGUGUUGCAGUCGCAAACGGGAAGAUGGUUAAAGCUAAAAAGGGCAAGAAAGAGAUACUGACCAAGGUCGAAGGCGGUUCCUCGGCGGACGAAAUUUCCGACGUGGACAGCGACCAGGUGAGUCUUAACAACAAGAAGAAUCAGCCCCUGAAAGGCAACAAAGCUGGCCAGGAUGAUGUCCAAGCUCUAACUAAAGGGGUCAAGAAGCUCAAUGUCAAGGGAAAGGGCAAGGCAGCCAAAAAUGAGGACUCAGAUGAAGAGGAGGUGGUGCCCACCAAGGGAAAAUCCUCCAAAAAGUCGGCAUUUGAGCUGCUAAUGGACGACGAUGACCAAGAUGAACCGGCUGUGCAGGAAAGUCAGUCAGAGGAGGAGGAAAAGGUGGUCUCCAAGCCCCAGAAGAACGAAAAGAAGGGCAAAAAGGCAAAACGAAAGGGCAAAGACGACGACGAUGAAGAUCUAGACAAAGUGUUAGCGGAACUCCAAGCGGAGUAUGCCGGCGAGGCUGUCCCAGCUGCCACCACCGUCGUUUCCCCAGAAGAACUGGCAGAUGAGUUCUCCAAGAAGAAGAAGAACAAGAAGCAGGCCAAAGCUCCUGUUCCCGCUGCAGACAACCCUGACGAGGAUGAGGGCAGCGAGGAUGAGGACGGGGGCAGUACUAUGAAGACAGCUGCUCAAAAAAAGAAGGAAAAGAAAGAGCGUCAGAAGAGGGAGGCUGCUCUUGCCAAGCAAAAGGCAGCUACGGAGCCCAAGCCCAAACCUGUGGAGAAACCUGCUCCAGAGCCCGAACCCGAAGUCUCAGAAGAAAUCCAACCUGAAGCCGGCGAAGAGGAGGAAAAGACCAGCAAGAACAAGAAGAAGGGAAAAAAGGAUAAGAAGGCCGAGCCCGAGGAGGAGAAAAAGGACACCAAGAAAAAGGGUAUGUCCGCCGCCAUGGUAGCCGCCAUGCAGGAGCAGCUAAAAAAACGCAAGGAGGAAGAGGAGCGUUUAGAGCGGGAGGAGGCAGAACGUAUACGCCUGGAGGAUGAGCGUGAGGAAGCCCGUCUAGAAGCAGUGCGUCUGGAGGCCGAGAGAAAGGAGAAAAAGAAACAACGUGAGGCAGAGCGCAAGGCUCGUCUAAAGGCCGAGGGCAAGUUGCUAACCAAAAAGCAGAAGGAGGAUCGGGCCAGGGCACAAGCUCUGCUAGAGUCUCUUAAGGCUCAGGGACUCGAAAUUCCGGAUCCUAACGAUAAGCGACCUACGCGACCAGGAACUCGUAUCCGUCCGAACAAGAAGAAGGGCCCCAAGGAAGAUGCCGCCGAAGAGGAGGCCAGGAAGGCAGCGGAAGCACAAGCAGCUGCUGCUGCCGCCGCCGCUGCAGCGGCUGCCAAGAAAGAGAAGGAGGAAGUGGUCAAGGAGAGCUGGGAUGCUACCGACAGCGAAGCAGAGGCAGAACCCGAGGAGGAAUCCUCGCAGACCACCAACAACGGAAAGAACGAUGCUGAGGAAGAAGAGAGCACAGAUGACGAUGAAGGUGACGAGGAUGAUGAUGACAGCGAUGAUUCCGAUGAGGAUAGCGAUGACUCUGAGGAAAAGGAAACGGCAUUGGCCAAUGAUCCGGAGUCACGAAGACUCCGAGCGGAAGCCCGAAUCUUGAAACGUCAAGAUGAUGCGGAAAAGAAGAGAACUGUCGAUGAACUUAGAGCAGGAGUGGUGUGUGUCCUAGGUCAUGUAGAUACUGGAAAGACCAAGAUUCUGGAUAAGUUGAGGCGAACUCACGUUCAGGAUUCCGAGGCGGGUGGCAUUACCCAGCAGAUUGGAGCCACUAAUGUCCCAAUUGAAGCCAUCAAGGAGCAGACGAAGUACGUGAAGGCAUCCGCAGGAUUCGAGCAUCGUUUGCCUGGUCUAUUGAUCAUCGACACACCCGGUCACGAGUCUUUCAGUAACUUGAGAAACAGAGGAUCUUCCCUUUGCGACAUUGCCAUCCUGGUAGUGGACAUUAUGCACGGACUGGAGCCGCAAACCAUUGAGUCAAUUCAGCUGCUCAAGAAGAAGAAGUGUCCAUUCAUUGUGGCCCUCAACAAGAUCGAUCGAUUGUACGACUGGAAACAGCUGGGCAGACGGGAUGUCAGAGAUGUGCUCAAGGAGCAGCAGAGCAACACACAGUUGGAGUUCCAGCAGCGCACAAAGGAGGUGAUUCUGCAGUUUGCUGAGCAGGGCUUGAAUGCUGCUCUGUUCUACGAGAACUCAGAUCCCAAGACGUACAUUUCCUUGGUGCCAACUAGUGCUAUUACGGGCGAAGGCAUGGGUAAUCUGCUCUUCAUGAUCGCUGACUUCUGUCAGAACAUGCUGACCAAGCGUUUGAUGUACUCCGAGGAACUGCAGGCCACCGUGUUAGAGGUAAAGGCACUGCCAGGUCUGGGAACCACCAUCGAUGCCAUUUUGAUUAACGGAAAACUGAGAGAGGGUCAAACCAUGGUUGUGGCCGGAACAGAUGGACCUAUUGUCACUCAGAUUCGCUCUCUGUUGAUGCCACAGCCCAUGAAGGAGUUGCGUGUAAAGAACGCCUAUGUGGAGUACAAGGAGGUGAAGGCUGCCCAGGGUGUCAAGAUCGCUGCCAAGGAUCUGGAGAAGGCCAUUGCAGGUAUCAAUCUCCUGAUUGCGCACAAACCGGAUGAAGUCGAGAUUUGCACAGAUGAAGUUGCUAAGGAACUGAAGAGUGCACUUAGUCAUAUUAAACUGGCACAGACGGGCGUCCAUGUCCAGGCCUCCACGCUGGGUUCGUUGGAGGCUCUCCUGGAGUUCCUGCGGACAUCUAAAAUUCCGUACUCUGCUAUCCGGAUUGGUCCCGUGGUGAAACGCGAUGUGAUGAAGGCCUCCACAAUGUUGGAACACGAGGCGCAGUAUGCAACGAUUCUGGCUUUUGAUGUGAAGAUCGAGCGGGAGGCACAGGAAAUGGCCGAUUCUUUGGGCGUGAAAAUAUUCCAGGCGGACAUUAUCUAUCAUCUCUUCGACAAGUUCACAGCCUAUCGCGAUGAACUCAAGCAGAAGAAACGCGAAGAGUUCAGAUCCGUAGCCGUCUUCCCCUGCAAACUAAGGAUACUGCCACAGUUCAUAUUCAACAGCCGAGAUCCGAUCGUGAUGGGCGUGAUGGUGGAGAACGGCAUUGUCAAAGUGGGCACACCAAUUUGCGUGCCCAGCAAGGAGUUUGUGGACAUUGGAAUCGUGACUUCCAUCGAAUCGAAUCACAAACAAAUCGAAUUUGCGCGCAAGGGUCAAGAGAUUUGCAUUAAGAUCGAUCCGAUUCCCGGGGAAUCACCCAAAAUGUUUGGUCGCCACUUCGAGGCCGAGGAUAUGCUGGUCAGCAAGAUCUCCCGGCCUAGCAUCGAUGCCUGCAAGGACUACUUCCGCGAUGAUCUGAUCAAGUCGGAUUGGGCUCUGAUGGUGGAGCUGAAGAAGCUCUUCGAGAUCUUAUAAGCGAAUUCGCUUGCCAAACAUAGCAAACGUACAACAUGAGAGACGGAAGAGAUUUUCGCUAAAACUAAUCAAACUACAGACUGUGCGCUUGUGGUGAAUCCUCUUGAAACCCCAAUGGAGGAUCCUUUUCUCUUAAGCUUAGUUUCAUUUUUUAUGGUUUACAGCCGUAGACGUCGUCGCAGUUGUCGCUUGAAGAAUACGAACUCUGUUAUAAAUGGUUUUAAAUCAAAUUUUUGUAAAACGCUUAUUGCGUGAUUCAUCCAUUUUUUGCCUGCGAUUUUUGUUAGAGCCAACUUAGAAUAAAAUGCAAAAAUGUUGUACAACGGAAA